AGUGAGGAUCCGUCUUACACAGUCAGGAAAAAAGGGGACAGAGUAGCUGAAGGUCAUGAAAAUUGGGAGCACCAGAACCACUCAGUCGAUCGGGUUUCAGGGUCCAACACUAUGACCCCAUGGACUAGGGAUUCUAUUAGCCGCACACAGAUGAUGGUGGCAACGGGAAAGGAAUUGAUUGCAUUGGUGCAAGAUAUAGUUGAGACAAGCAGAGCUGAUAUAGACGGAAUAGCCUUCCUCUCACUGGUCGACCUCGAUGGUGAUCAUGGGUCCAAGCUGACAGCAUCACACCCGGGUAUUCUAUUUAUACAUACAGAGCGGCAAAGGACUCAUGUUUGCGUGAAUUGAUGUCCUGAGACAAACUCCAUUACCUACGGCUGAUUGGAGCGAACACGGGUCCAUGAAGUCAUCGCUCGGUUACGCUGCCGAAGUGAUCACAACGUGCGCAUUAGGUUUCAUACAGCAGAC